GAGUUACCGAUACUGGCUGCCCCAAGUCCAGCGCCCGAGGCAAAAGGGCUGCCCAUACCCAGCCCUCGUGCGAGACAGCUCAAAACUUUCACGUGCUCCAUCACUCCUGGCCGCACGGCCCACUGCUGCAAACACAAGCGCAAUGGAAGUCCGAAGGGCCACCCCGGACGACAGCCCCGGCGUCGCGUCGCUCGUGACGCUGACGGGCGGCGCGGCGAAAUAUCGCAAGCGCUACGGGAACUAUAAUGUGGCUCAAUUACUAGAGACGGGCUACCUCUGUAUUUCAGCUGUUGAGGAUGGCAAAAUGAAGGCGUUUUUAGUGAUUGGGGACGCGCCGCCGCGCUGCAAAGCGGCCGAUGCCGAAAGUUGGGCUUCUACGUUUUGUGCGAAUUAUACGGAGGGUGGCGCGAUUGGCACGUGUGCGUGGAUUGAUUUCUCUGCGGCACUUGAUGCAGACACCGCUGCUACGCGAGCGUGUCUGACCUUCGCCGUCUCUACUCUAAAAGGUGUGGACCACUUGAUUCUGGCGCGGCAGCCGGACAAGCGGUCGCCGGAAGCGCCUCCCGAGCUAGCCGAGCUGUUUGAUGUGCUCGAGCCGUCGCCCGAGCCGCUCCUAGCAAACUCGGACUUAGCGUACUGUCCUCGGACGAAACUCGCCCCGACGCUGUCAGUGAGGGGCGCCUGCGUCGAGGACUCCGAUGAUUUGCUGCCGAUCUUCCAGUCGCAAUCUGAAGUCCUCGCGGAGCACUUCGGGGACUUCUUCCUCGCGGAAAUUAUUGAAAAUGCGGAUGAAAACAACAAGCAGCUCGUCGCCGUCGCCGACGACCACGCGGUCGGAUUACUAAGUGCCUCCACAGACAUUGACGUCGCGACGCUCGGCGCGUGCUUCGAGCUCCAGCCCUUCGGGAACCUCGUCAAGGGCUCCUCGACGGAGGGUCAAGUACCGUCCGAGCAACCGGCCGAUGCGCCGGCGGCCGCGCCCGCGCCGGCCGCCUUCGCCGCCGAGGAGGAGGUGGCCGUCGAGUCAAACUGCAUGGCCGUGACGCUCUUCUGCCUGGACGCGCAGCACGAGUCGCGAGCGGCGGACUUCUUCGCGGCCAUGUUCCAGUUGUGGCCGGACAAAAAGUACUGCGUCGUCACGGCGCCGCCGACGGUACAAAGAGCUGCAUUUCUGGACGCCUUCGUGUCCAUCCCGCCGAGGGCGGGCUCGACCUUUGCCCAUACACUCUAUUUAUUGCAUCGCGACGCGUUGCUCGCACCUUCUUCUUUAAGUGUGAGGCGCUACGACCCGUCACUACAUGCCGAGGGCGCCGCCGCGUUAAUUGGAGACGUCUCGUCGUUCGCGAUUGAUGCAGACACGAAGAUGGAGGACAACCCGCCGACGGCGGCCUUUGUUGCGCUCAUGAACGAGCAAGUCGUCGCCGUUGUUGAUCUCUCGCGUAAAGGCGCCUCGACGGAUGCUAUCGACUGGUACAAGGCGAACUAUGAUAUUGAGGCCUACGUGCCCUUUGAGCGCCACCGCGCGCGGGCCCAGGCCGUGCUAACAGAUAUGGUCGUGAACCCGAUAUUUGCCACGUUCGGGCGCUACGUGCUGAAGGAGGCGAUGCGUUUGUACGAGAAGACUUUAUUAUAUCACGAGGCUCCUUCAUCAGACGUGGUGCCUCUGCACGUCCUCGAGACGCUGGUGCCCGUGCCGGCGCGGUGGCGCGCGACGCCCAAUCCCGGGGAUGAGCUGCUCGGACGGAAGCGCGGCGACGAGGUACCGGGCGGCACUUUAUUGCACUACUUCGCGCGGCGCCUCGCGUCGGACCCGCGGCUUGUUCUUUCCCGGCGUCCCUUUUGACGCGCCAUCGACCCCCACGCCAUCGAACCACGCCACCCCAACGCCAUCGACGCGACGCGGUACCAACGGUCGAUAUACACAGGAGGUAAACGCGCGGAUUGUUGUGAUAGGGCUGAGCACCUGCGCCGUCGGCAUGCUCAAGGCCCUAUUGCUCUCGUCGACGGCGAACGUCAAGCGCGUCACGCUGAUCAGCGAGCCUGGUAUCUCUCGCGCUUCGGGUGUGGUUGUCGACGAGGACUACCCCGAGCCUUUUGAGUUCGAGGCGCUCGGUCUGGGGCAGCGGCUGCGCGUCAUCAAAGCUAGAGCAGUGGCCGUCGACGCCGAGGCCAAGGUUGUACAAUUGCCCGACGGCGCGUUAGUGCCGUACGACAUUCUGGUGCUGGCCCACGGCCUCCAGGAAAGCGCGCAGCGGGACCUCGUUACGAAAGCGGGCAAGGAGCUCCUGCCCGACGCGAGCGACCUUGCCGAUUGGAACUCGCCCGAGGUCGAUAUUGUGGCGGAGCUCACCAAGGUCCCGUCAGAUAUGGAGGAGGAGGCCACGGAUUUAUCUGGCUUCGUGUCGCUGUCCUCGGACAACGCCUCGGACGAGCUGGCCGACGCGGUGUCGAAACUCGGGGAGGGCUCCGUGGUUAUUGUGGGCGGCGGCUUAGAUGCCCUAGCCGCGGCCCGGCGCCUCCUGGAUUUGGGGGUGGCCGCGUCCAACAUCAAAAUAGCCUGCGAGAAUGAUCAAUUGGAGCCGCUCGGCGAUCAAGUCAUCGACCGCGUCGUUCAGCAGUCUAUGGAAGUGGCCGUCGAGUACGGGCUGAAAUUCGCCGAGCUGGUACGAGACAAUGGCGCUCUCAGCGCGGCGCGGUUCGCGCGGCCGGUGCAACAGGACGACGCGCCGGCGCCGGCGCCUCCACAAGAGGACGACGUCGAGGCGUGGGUCGAGCGGCCCGCGACGCCCCCGCCGGAAAUCGUGGAUUUGAAGUGUGGCCUUGUCGUCGGCGCGUCGACGCCCGCUGUCGCGGCGAACGCGGCGGCGCUGACGGACUACCCGCUGACGGUCGAUUCAACGUUCAAGACCUGCGACGACAGCAUCUACGCCGCGGGCCGCCACGUCGCGGGCCAGGAGCGGUUCAACUCCCUCGAGCUCGGCGCGUGCCUGGCCCAGAGCCUGCUGGCGCGGCUCACGGAUUCCAGCGUCGAGGCGCCGGACUUUCGCAAGGCACGGGCCGUGUCGGCGACGCUGCCGGGCGGGCUGUUCUACUGCCGCGCGGCGCUUCCCACCGUGCCGGUCGACGCGACCGCGCUGCCGACGGGGAUGCUGGGCAACGACGAGGUGCGCGGUCCGCGUCCUUUUUUUUGCCUUCCCGGUAGUCGCUACGCCGAGUAUGCUGCUCUUCCGCCUGCGAGAGAGAGAGAGCCGACCGCUUACUGACCGUCACGCUUGACGCCAUCGACGCAGGCCCAGGCUCUGCUCGAGAAGAGCUCCGGCGUGCACGCGCUGCGCGACCUCGCCGCGGCGCGGGACAAGUACUCCAUCCUCAAAGUCGACGGUUCGGGACUGCUCUGCGAGAUCAUUUAUCUCGGGAAAGCGCCCGUCGAGCCGCGGAACCUCGCGGCGGUCGUCGGCCGGCAAGAGGCCCAUUUAAACGGCGCGUGGGCGGCCUACGAGCGCGGCGUCGUCGACGACUGGGUCGCCUUCCUGCGGGAGGACUGGUGCUCGGCCGUGCGGCACGACCGCUUCCAGGGCCUGCACGACGCUCUGAGCAAGAUGAUCCGCGAGGACGAGUUCGGCCGGGAUUUGAUACAGCAAUUGGUCGGCGAGGCGGACGCGGGCCGCGACGCGGAGGCGAUCCGGCAGCUGCGGGAAAAGGCCGUCGGCGUCGGCGGCGGCAACCUGCCGGAGAAGACGCGGAAAUUGCUGGAGGGGGCCGUGCUGGGGUAUCUGCGGAAGAACCGGGGGUUGUUGCCGCGGUUCUCGCUGGUGGAGCGGGAGGCGGCGGCCUAGUUUUUCUUGUUGGGGGAGUAAGUUGAGCGCUCGGGCGA